AUGAACCUCUUCUACCGGGUUGUAUAUGCCCUGGUAAGCAUCAAGCUGGUAGGUGCAUACUUGGUGACACCUCCCGGUACUGCUGCUCCAGGGACAACGUCUGCUUGCUCGGAAUGGGUGCAGAUGUCAUAUGCUCUGACAUGCGAAAUCAUUGAGUCCUACUUUGGAUUAACAGCAGCCGAAUUUGAAGAAUGGAACCCAAGCGUCACCGAACUGGGUUCCGGCUGCACUAUGAUCCAAGACCUCUACUACUGCGUACAGAUUGACUUUGUCGCCAUGUCUACGGGAUUUUCUACUUCUCUGACGGGCAUAUACAUACCUUCUUCGACUUCCGGAACAACCACAAUGAUUACCACCACCACGAUGGUUACCACGGCCACGACCACGACCGGUGAUGGCAUCUCCACUCCUAGUCCAAUCCAAACCGGCAUGGCCAAUAACUGUGAUAUGUUCCAUCUAGUUGUCAGUGGAGAUACUUGUGAUGCCAUUGCUACUGCUGCCAAUGUUUCCCUGGCCACUUUUUACGCCUGGAACCCAGCGGUGGGAAGCUCAUGCACUGCCCUUGAUCUUGGUGACUAUGUUUGUAUUGGAGUUAUUGGGUCAACAACGUCUUCUGCUUCCAUUGCUUCUGUUUCUUCUUCUAGUGGAGAUGGAAUUUCAACACCAAUGCCUAUUCAGACAGGAAUGGUGAGCACUUGUGAUGCAUUCCACCUUGUUGUCAGUGGAGAUACUUGCGCUGCUAUUGCUACAGCUGCUGGGAUUUCUCUUACCAACUUUUAUGCCUGGAACCCAGCAGUGGGAACUUCAUGUACUAGUCUCGACCUUGGGGACUACGUCUGCAUCGGAGUCAUUGGAUCGACAUCAGUGACAACUUCUUCUUCAUCUAGUGGGGAUGGCAUUUCAACACCAACACCUAUCCAGACAGGAAUGGUGAGCAAUUGUGAUGCAUUUCAUCUUGUUGUUAGCGGAGACACCUGCGCUGCUCUUGCUACAGCUGCUGGGAUUUCUCUUACCAACUUUUAUGCUUGGAACCCAGCAGUGGGAACUUCAUGUACUGGUCUCGACCUUGGUGACUAUGUAUGCAUUGGAAUCACUGGAUCUACGAGUGCUACACAGACCACUUCUACGGGCAAUGGAGUGACCACCCCAACUCCUACACAGGCAGGAAUGGUAACCGACUGCGACGAGUUCCACGACGUUGUCAGCACAGACUCCUGUGAUUCCAUUGCCGAGGCUGCAAAUAUCUCGUUAAGUGAUUUUUACGCAUGGAACUCGGGAGUUGGAAGCUCGUGCGGUAGUCUGUGGUUGGGUUACUAUGUUUGUACAGGAAUUCUGUGA